CGGCGAUCGCGAAAGCUCGCGGUCGCUCAGAGGCGCGCGCCGGCGGUCCUCGGUGGCUCCGUUUACCUGAGGGACCCGCGGCCGCCCCCGGCCGGCGCUGCAGCCCCCCGGGAGCCUGUCCCCGAGGUGUGAGUUUUGCAAAGUCUGCAUAUUCCUCCUCAAGGCUUCACCCUCUUGCCCCCUUGGACGCUCCGUGUGUUUGCCCUGGGGUACCGCAGGGAGGUUCAUCCAUAGCCUCUGAAAUAAGAUAUUUCAAUCAAAGGAAGAAAUAGCUCUUCUCCUAAGAUGGAAUCUGUUGUUUGGGAAUGUGGUUGAUCAACUUGACACGUUGGCCAAAUGGUGCCCGAUGUAAUAAAAUGAAAAGAAGAGGCAAGAUGAUGUCAUUUUCCCAUAUUGUGAAACCAAAAACAAAUGCCUUUUGUGAGACCAAGCUAACAAACCUCUGACGGUGCAAAGAGUAUUUCUGUUUGAAGAACUUAACAGUAAGAUAGAAGAAGUACUUUCAAGCUGAGACCUGCAGGUGUACAAAGAUCUAAAAUACAUAUUGAGUAGGCCUGAUCAUCUGAAUCUCAUUCAAUCAAGAAAGCAUGGCUAUGAGUAGGAUCGUCUUCUAUCUGUGGCCCUUGACUAUGUUUGUGGGCCAUAUAGGUGGGCACAGUUUGUUUUCUUGUGAGCCUAUUACCUUGAGGAUGUGCCAAGAUUUGCCUUAUAACACUACCUUCAUGCCCAAUCUUCUGAAUCAUUAUGACCAACAGACGGCAGCAUUGGCAAUGGAGCCAUUCCACCCUAUGGUGAAUUUGGAUUGCUCUCGGGAUUUCCGGCCAUUUCUCUGUGCGCUCUAUGCUCCUAUCUGUAUGGAAUACGGACGUGUCACACUUCCCUGCCGUAGGCUCUGUCAGCGGGCUUACAGUGAGUGUUCGAAGCUCAUGGAGAUGUUUGGUGUUCCUUGGCCUGAAGAUAUGGAAUGCAGUAGGUUCCCAGAUUGUGAUGAGCCGUAUCCUCGGCUGGUGGACCUGAAUUUAGCUGGCGAUCCCACUGAAGGAGCCUCAGUGGCAGUGCAGAGGGACUAUGGCUUUUGGUGUCCUCGAGAGUUGAAAAUUGAUCCUGAUCUUGGCUAUUCCUUUUUGCACGUGCGUGAUUGUUCACCUCCUUGUCCAAAUAUGUACUUUAGGAGAGAAGAGCUUUCAUUUGCUCGGUAUUUCAUAGGAUUGAUUUCAAUCAUUUGCCUCUCUGCCACGUUGUUUACUUUUUUAACUUUUUUGAUUGAUGUGACAAGAUUCCGUUAUCCUGAAAGACCCAUUAUAUUUUAUGCCGUCUGCUACAUGAUGGUGUCAUUAAUUUUCUUUAUUGGGUUUUUGCUUGAGGACCGAGUUGCCUGCAAUGCAUCCAGCCCUGCACAGUAUAAGGCUUCCACAGUGACCCAAGGAUCUCAUAACAAAGCCUGUACCAUGCUUUUUAUGGUACUCUACUUUUUUACUAUGGCUGGCAGCGUUUGGUGGGUGAUUCUUACCAUCACAUGGUUCUUGGCAGCUGUGCCAAAGUGGGGUAGUGAAGCUAUUGAGAAGAAAGCCUUGCUGUUUCACGCCAGUGCGUGGGGCAUCCCUGGAACUCUGACCAUCAUCCUUUUAGCGAUGAAUAAAAUUGAAGGUGACAAUAUAAGUGGCGUGUGUUUUGUUGGCCUCUACGAUGUUGAUGCCUUGAGGUAUUUUGUUCUUGCACCCCUCUGCCUGUAUGUGGUAGUUGGGGUUUCACUCCUUUUAGCCGGCAUUAUAUCCCUAAACAGAGUGCGAAUUGAGAUUCCAUUAGAAAAGGAGAACCAGGAUAAACUGGUGAAGUUUAUGAUCCGGAUUGGUGUUUUCAGCAUUCUGUAUCUCGUACCACUCUUGGUUGUAAUUGGAUGCUACUUUUAUGAGCAAGCUUACCGCAGCAUCUGGGAAACAACGUGGAUACAAGAACGCUGCAGAGAAUAUCACAUUCCAUGUCCAUAUCAGGUUACUCAGAUGAGUCGUCCAGAUCUGAUUCUCUUUCUAAUGAAAUACCUGAUGGCUCUUAUAGUUGGUAUUCCUUCCAUUUUUUGGGUUGGAAGCAAAAAGACUUGCUUUGAAUGGGCCAGUUUUUUCCACGGUCGAAGGAAAAAAGAGAUAGUGAACGAGAGCCGACAGGUACUCCAGGAACCUGAUUUUGCUCAGUCCCUCCUGAGGGAUCCAAAUACUCCUAUCAUAAGGAAAUCAAGAGGAACUUCCACUCAAGGGACAUCCACACAUGCUUCUUCAACGCAGCUGGCCAUGGUGGAUGACCAGAGGAGCAAAGCAGGGAGUGUACACAGCAAAGUGAGCAGCUACCACGGCAGCCUCCACAGGUCCCGGGAUGGCAGGUACACUCCCUGCAGUUACAGAGGAAUGGAGGAGAGACUACCUCAUGGCAGCAUGUCACGACUUACAGAUCACUCCAGGCACAGUAGUUCCCAUCGGCUCAAUGAACAGUCACGACAUAGCAGCAUCAGAGAUCUCAGUAAUAAUCCUAUGACUCACAUCACACAUGGUACCAGCAUGAAUCGGGUUAUUGAAGAAGAUGGAACCAGUGCUUAAAUUGUCCUGUCUAAGGUGGAAAUUUUGUGCUGUUUAAAAAGCAGAUUUUAUUCUUUGCCUUUGCAUGACUGAUUGCUAUAACUCAGUUAUGAUGCUUUCAGUCAGGUGCAGAUUGUGUCCAUUGAAAAGUAAAUUUUUGCUUUUUAUAUUGCAUCAAACUUGGAACCUCAAGGCAUCCAAAAUGCUAAGAAUGAUAUCAUCACAUAAAUAAUUCUUAUUUCUAGGUUAUGAAGAAAUAAUUAUUUGUCUGGUAAGCAUUUUUAUAAACCCACUUGUUUUAUAUUUGGAAAAAUCCUAAAAUGUAUGAUGACUGCUUUAUAGUGAACUUUCAUAUAAUAUCAACUGGUUGUGAUGUAACAUUCUGGUAGUUCUAUUAAUAAAACAAAAUUUCAGAAUUAAAGAAAUUUUCUAUGCAAGGUUUAUUUCUCAGAUGAAUAGUAGGACUUUGUAGUUUUCUUUCCACUAAGUGAAAAAGAACUGUGUUUUUAAACUAUAGGAGAAUUUGAUAAAUCAGCAAGGGAAUUUUAGCUAAUAGAAUAUAAAGUCAACUGAAGAAUCUGAUUAGUCUACUGAAGACUCUUUUGAAAUUCUGUCAAAAUAGUCUUUAUCCAGAGAAAUACAGGAGUAGGAUUAGCAACAAAGUAAAAGCGGAGAUGGGCAUUUUUUUCUCAGUAAUUGUGCUGUUUUUAUUACUUUUGUAAAUAUUACUUUUACUGGCUGUGUUUUUAUAUUGAUAACUUAUCCAUAUGCAUGAUGGAAAAUUUUUACUUUUAGCCAUUUUUUCCCAUGUAGUAGUAUUGAUUUGUAGAGAACUUCAUGUUCAGAUAUGUUCUAUGGGAGCAUGUAAUAAGAUAAGCAUCACACACUGUAAACCUUUUUGUAGUAACCAUAGUUACAAAACAGCAAAGUGUUUCCUCUGUAUCUGUUAUUGUGUUUUUUGCAGUGAAAUGUAAUCUUGCCAAAGCCGCCAGAUGUUGGUAUCCAGGCCCCUCCUAUCAGUGGACUUGUUCGCACUCGCAUUGCCCAGUAGCCAGUAAGCUACAGCUUUUGCCCCACACCUUUAUCUUCAGGUUCUGGGUCAUUCUUGUUUACAGCUGAAAUAUAUAUAUAACCCGAGUCCACAGUGGUGAUUAAUUUGGGAUAUUUGAAAUUCAUUUGUAGCUUAAUGAAGCAUGAUUAGUCCUGCUGUGAAGUAUCUUUUAACUUUAAAAAUAUCAACUCAAAAAUCUUUGACAUUUUGUCUUGUAAUAUUUAAAUAACUUAUAGUAAAAAUUUUAAACUUUAUUAGGCAUGAUAAUGAUCGGAAGGGAAAGAAAAAUUCUGGAAAGUGCUGGAUGUGUUAUAUAGACAAGCAUAUUUAAACAAGCCAUCCUCAACCCUGACUACAGAUAAGAAUCACUCAGGCAAUGCCCAACACCUUCCUCUCAUUGAGAUGAGGACUGGUAGUUUUAUAAAAAGCUUCCCCAGUGAUUCUAAUCUGCUGCAGGCCUGACUGCAGGCUGUUUGAAACUAACUUGCUCCUGCUGAUAAUGUGAUGGCAUCAUAUUAUAUCGUGUGGAAACCUAGCUGCACUCAAUGUUAGGCUUUUAUAUCUAUUACCCGAUUGAUUACAACUGGAAUUAUGGACCCCACUCCUAAAAAUUAGUACUCAGUAAGUCAAAGGUGAUGGUAGGACUUUAAAAAUCUGUCAUCAUAAAAAUAUUAAUAUCAUAGGUGAUUCUUAUACAGAUAUCCAAGAAUCAGACUUUAAAAAAUAUUCUAGACUCCGGAGAGGUCUGGCUUUGCCAUGUGCUAGUUUUUGACCUUUUACAAGUUAAUUUCUCUGAGCCUCAGUUCCCUUGUUUUUGAAUGAAGAUAGAAAAUAAAUACCUACCUCACAAAGUUGUCAAUAGGUAUCAGACGAAAAAUCAUAUGAAAGCUGAAAGCUCUGAAAACUUUAGUGUUAUGAACUAGAAGGGAUUAAGAUUACUGAGGACUUAAGAUAUUUGUUUGAGGGCUACCAUAGUACAGGCUUUGAUAUGUGUUUGAAUUCAUGUGGACUUUUUCCUCUCCUUUUUUAAAACAAAAUGUACCAAGAAAUUUGGUGUUGGAAAAGCUUUCAUCAGGCACAGAAGUCAGUUUUCUGAUAAUAAUUUGUUUGCCUGUCAUGUUUUUUUCUUUCAAAGUACACAUUUCUUAAUAUUUAUUACUAAUUCUUCAUGAGAUAUUUGAACAUUUGGCUCAAAUGCUUUACUUUUCCCUCCAUCUUCAUUGUCUUUUUCUUUGAAACUGGAGUUAAUACUCAGGACAAGCAGAGUCUGAAUUCCCUCACAUCUGACAGUAGACCUUUACUCUGAAGAUCAAAUUGGUAACAACCCAUUUAUAAAUAAAUCAGUAGUUCAUGAGGCUUUUGUCUGAGAAUUUCUCCUGAGAACAGCAUGAAAGACCAAAACAAACAUUCAGACACAAAAAUAAGUUAACAUAGAAGGUACCAGUUUGAGCUCAAAGAUGCUGUCGUUCAUUGCCAUCUGCAUUAUAUCAUCAAUUGCCAAAAUGUUAAUUGGUUUCUUUGUGGGCCAAGUAUAGACAGUUAAGUGAACAUCAAUAUGAAAAGCUUAACCCUGUGCUUCCUGAUUUUUAAAUAUUCAUUUGUAUCUUCUCUAUUAAACUGUUGAUAUAUUUGUAAAUGCUUUAUUGGCCUUUCAGUUACUUUCACUAUCUUAGUUUUGCUUCACAGAAUUUACUUAAUAUUGUUAAUCUGUCAUUUUAAAUAACAGUAUUUAGUUUGGGUUGUGUUAUUUAUCAAACUAGUGCUCCGAAUUAAGACUUUUUUCAUUAAAGAGACAAUUGAAGAACUAUAGCAAAAUAACAGUUUCAAGUCUCAACUAGCUUAAAACAACUUGAACAAGUCCGGACAGCUUUCUUACCAUAUGUUUAAUUUGUGUUGUGAUUGGCAGAUGAUAAUGUUUAGUAUUUUAUUUGUUCAGUUGACAACUGAUAAAAUAAUAGUUCUCUCUAAAAUGUUAACAUAUAACCAAAAAGUUUUCGAAAAGUACUCUGAUAUCAGCAAUAUUGUAUUGAAUUUUUUCAGUGAUUAAAGCAAACAAUUCAAAACAAUAUUAAGCUCGAAACAAUAAUUAGUUUCAAAGAACAGUUAAUAACUCAGCAACUAGAAGAGGGCAUGGUAGGUUUUCAAUUAAAGUAUUUAAAUAAAUGAAUGUUAUGCAACUCACUUUAGUCAUGAUAGUCUCAGUUCAAAGAAAUUUGAAGAGUCUAAAUUUGAGCUAAGUGAAAUGAGCCUCUGCUUUACCGGAAUAAUAUGUGGCAAGUAAUAAUCAAUGAGGGAUUUCCCUGGUGGCUCAGAUGGUAAAGUGUCUGUCUACAAUGCGGGAGACCCGGGUUCGAUCCCUGGGUUGGGAAGAUCCCCUGGAGAAGGAAAUGGCAAUCCACUCCAGUACUAUUGCCUGGAAAAUCCCAUGGACCGAGUAGCCUGGUAGGCAACAGUCCUUGGGGUCGCAAAAAGUCCGACACGACUGAGCGACAUGGCUAUAUAAUAAUCAAUGAAUUGCACCAAAUAAAGUUUAUUUCUUCUAGAGUAACAGUGCAUAUUACUAUGUUAAUUAAAUAUAUAUACAAACUUAUGCUAACACUUUAUAUUAAUUUUAGAAGAUGAACAGCAGUUUUUAGAAGUAAGUAGGUUCUUGUUGGUUUAAUGUGAAAUUAGAUCUUUGUAUACUAGUUGGGUGAAUGAAUAUUCAAGUAAACCUUUAUUAAUGAUGAUUUUCUUUUUCUAAAACUGUUUCUUGGAGCAGAUUUAAGAAAAUUCUAAGAAUCUCUUCAAAUGAGGAAAAUUAACUACAUUUUAACCUACCUCAUUAGUUUCUUUGUGAUAAUAGCUGGAAAUAACUGAAGUUGUAACUUUAUUGGUGUAGACUAUAUCCCCAUGAAAUAAAAGGAACUACUUAAAACUGUUUGAUAAAAUAGUGGAUCAUUGGCUGGAGCUUAGAAAAUGUUAACAUACCAAAUUUUCACUAUGAUGAUAUUUAUAUUGCUUUUGACAUGCCAAAGGUAUGUUUAUAUAUUAUCAUACUUGGGUGACUAACAUAGUCUAGUGUAAUGAAAAUUGUCCUGGGCUUGGAAUUCAGAAGACCCAUAAUAAUGAUGUAAACUGAACAGGUCAUUUAAUUUCUCUUUGUCUCAAUUUCUUUGAUGUAAAAUGAGGAUAAGGUAAUUUGGAGCUUUGAGACCUGCUUUACAGGACAUUGUGAGGAUCAAAUGAGCUAACAAGAAUUAUAGUGCUCUUUAAAAAACACUGAUAGUAUUUGUUUUUGUUAGAAUUUGGGGGUUACAGAAAGCAAGCAUAGUGGUAUUGAGCAGUAAAAACAGAACAGGCGGUUAGGCCAGUAUUCAUUUGACACAGUCUUCAAAUCAGCAGUCCAAUUGACCCUUUAAAAAUGAGAUUCUUUUUCGAGAACGACUGUGCCCUUAGAUUGUAUUGGCCCUUUAUUAAAUGUUAUACCAGAAUAUGCUCUGAAAAUUUAUAUGGUUGAAUUUAUAGGUCACUUUCAACAGAAAUUUGGGGAUAUCCAUUAUAUGUCUGCUUUGAUAUGGAAUGAUGUAACUACAUUAGUUUGGCAAGAAAAAUAUAAAGAGAAGUGUAGGCCCUGUUACUUUUUUUCCUUUGAGGUCUUUCAUAUGCCUAAUUACUUCCAAUUAGGAACACUUCUUUUUUAUUAGUGAUUACUGUAACUUUUUGGUUUUCAUCAUGGCAAAACUUUAAAUUUUAGGUGAUACUAUUAUAUUUGUAUAUGUAAUUUUUUAACCUGCAUAAAGUAAGGGUUUCUCCAUUCUUUUCCACACAUAAACACACAAAAGGGCAUUUUCAUAGAACCUAGAUGUACAAAGGAACUCACGAUUCUUUUAAACUAUUUUUAUGCCUUUUUACAACUGAGUAGGGAAAGGUGUUCAUGUUUAAUUCAGCUAUGUUUCUUAGUAGCUGUAUGAUUUUAUACAUUAUUCUUGUGUCAUUUUUAUGUUUUUUAUGAAAAAAUUAUGUUGACAUCUCUUCAUACUUUAAUUCACUUCAAUUCUGUUUUGCUCCAAUGGUAUGAUUUUUGAGAAAGGAGUGGGAAAACUAAGCAACCUUUACCUGCCAUCUUAUUGUAAUUACUCUCCUGGAUUUUUUCCUAAUUUAAAUUCUAUACUUCCUUAAUAGCCAAAUUGAUAGGAUUAUAAUAAUUUCUCUCAAGAUCUGAAGUCUUCUGGGAAAGAGAAUAUUAAGGUUUAUCCAGAACCAGCCAUUUUUGUAGACAUUCCUAUUUGGUUGAUUUAUAAAGAUUUAAUACAGUAAGUUAAUAAGCAUAUUUCUUAUUCUGUGAUCUCUAAUUAGAAAGUAACAUUUUUGUUGCCAUAAAGAUAAAAAAAAGUAAAUUUUCACUUACAUUUUAGUCAAAUCCCAUGCCAGUACAACAUUACCUCCUAUAAAAGAGAGUAGUUUAGUCUACUUAAAUGUAUUAAGAAUGGUUUCCUUCAGAAUUUUUUUUGUUUUUAAUAAUCACUUUUCUCAGGAAAUCUGUUAUGUCCUUUCUUGGACAUUUUCACUGGUGUGAUAGCAUUGUUUAUAAUUCUUUUUUAUCAUUUCAUUGGUCACUGUCAGCAGUUUUCCCUGAUCAAGAGAAGCAAGUAUUUACCUUAGAGUAAUUCAGAUCUUGAAAAUUCAGUGUUUUGUUAUUUUCAUAAUUAUUGUUCAUUAAUAACAUUAAUUUUUAUAAGUGAUUUUUUCAAGCUUUUUAUCAUAUUUCCUGCAGUACGGUGAGCUGUAUUUUUAUUAUAGCCCUGGGGUUUUUGUUACAUAAGUCAGCUUGUUUGUAUUGCUAACUUGCAAA